AUGUGUUGUAAUAAAAAGCCGAAAAGUGGAUACUAUAUAUGUGUUAAGUGUCAUGGAGUGUUCCACAUUAGCUGUUACGAUAGAAUUGCUCCAAAAACAUUAAAAAAUACCAACAAACUCGUCUGUAAGGAGUGUGAAAAUUCCGACAUCGCCAAGGAUAAUAGUGUGGAUGAGUUUUACUCGAAACUUAUUGAAGAGCUACGAAUCGAAGGUAAACAAAAAGAAGAGACAAUUGUAAAAAUCAAUAAAAAAUACGAACUCUUCUAUGAUGAAGCAAUAACAAUGGAAAAUGAAUUCAUGAGUCAAAUCCAGACUUAUAAAAAAGUUAUACGUGAAUUGCAAGAAAAUCUGUUGAUUUUAAAACGAGAAGUAGCGAACAAAAAAAGUGAAGUCGUUAUCAGCACCCAAACCCAAACAGAUAAAGAAGACAUCGAACAAAAAAUGUUCAUCGCACAAGUGCCUAACGAUUCUGACGAUUUUAAUCAAAUGACCGAAUAUGAUGAUAAUACAAUGUUGCCAAGUCGAACCAAUUAUCUUGAAAAUCCUUCGAAUGAAAAAAUACAUUAUGAGCCGAAAAGUGAUAGAAUGAAGAAGAAACAAAAAUCAAAAAAGCAGAUGGCCAGUAGGAGAAAGAUACAGAAAGAAGAAAUACAGAUGAUCUUGAGGAGUAGCAUAAAGAGGCAACAGAACCAACAAACUGACACAGAAGUGGAAAUCAACAGUGUUGUCACAGAGGAACGGGAAGCUGUGUCAACUGUGAAUUCAUCUGAUACUUUCGCGAACGAUUCACAAAAAAGAGCACUUUUAGAAUUCAUUCUUUCUAAACCAACUGGUAGUGCUGACGCUCAACUGUCUGGUAAAGAAAUCAAUACUUGGACAGAUUUGAAAGAGAUUCUGGUCAAACUUCAAGCUGAUAAAAAACAUCUCACUCAGUUGAUGGAAGAACUCAGUACGUUCGAACAAGACAUAACAGAAUAG